AUGGCUAAAGGUCGGAAACUGACUACCAGUCGGAGUGAGCUCUUGUUAGGGAAUUACGGGUAUGGGGUAAACACCAUUCAAACAGGAGGAGAUGACAGCGAGGAGCUUCGAGAAGAUGAUGUCUGGUCCAUGGUUGAUGGUAUGGUUAACCGCAGCGACCAUGACUGGAACUCACGCGCCACCAUGGAGAGUAACACAAGGAGCCGUCACCGCAACCCUGUCCCAAGAGGUGAUAGCUCUGUCGGAGGUUUAUCAUCGGCGUUUGAGGAUGCAACAGGGAAGGUGAUGUCAUCGCCCAGAAUUGUUCACCAGUUUCCCAACGGAGACAGCUUCUCAUCUCCACGUGGACGCCAUGUGGCCACCUCAGCGCCUGUGAAUGUGCCUGACUGGUCAAAGAUCUACCGAGUCGACUCGGUUGAGUCGAUGCAUGACUCGGAUGAUAUAACCGAUGAUCCGGAUUCAGAUAUGGUCCCACCUCACGAGUAUCUAGCACGAGCUUAUGAACGUCAUAACUCGGCUGCCAAUUCUGUUUUUGUGGGUGUAGGCCGAACUCUAAAGGGCAGAGACCUGAGCAGGGUUCGGGAUGCAGUUUGGAGUCGGACUGGAUUCAAUGGUUAG